GAGGGGCUCACCAUGAAGACCACAGGCUUAGCUUUGGAUCCCGAUACACACAUCUACACCAAGUUUAUGAUGGAACACUGCUGCUAUGAUGCCAUUCCAACCAGCUCCAAACUGGUCAUCUUUGACACAACACUCCAGGUGAAAAAGGCGUUUUUUGCUUUGGUUGCAAACGGGGUCAGGGCAGCACCUCUAUGGGACAGUAAACUGCAGAAGUUUGUAGGUAUGCUCACCAUCACAGAUUUCAUCAACAUUCUCCAUCGGUACUACAAAUCUCCAAUGGUUCAGAUCUAUGAGUUAGAGGAGCACAAGAUAGAGACAUGGAGACAGGUCUAUUUGCAAUAUUCUAUCAACUCCCUGAUCAGCAUUGCACCUGACUCCAGCCUCUUUGAUGCCAUCUAUUCUUUACUGAAGAAUAAAAUUCACCGACUGCCUGUAAUUGACCCUGAGUCCGGGAACGUCCUGUAUAUACUGACGCACAAACGGAUCCUCAAGUUUCUGCACAUCUUUGGCUCUAUGGUGCCAAAGCCGCGGUUCUUACAGAAAAGGAUUGAAGAAUCAGACAUCGGAACCUUCCAGGAGAUUGCCACCAUUCAUGAAACGGCCACAGUUUUCGACGCGCUAACUACAUUUGUGGAGAGACGGGUAUCUGCGCUUCCCGUUGUCAAUGACGAAGGCAAGGUGGUGGCGCUGUACUCUAGGUUUGAUGUGAUUAACCUGGCUGCUCAGAAAAACUACAACAACUUGCACAUGACAAUGCGUGAGGCAAUUCAGGGACGUGCGUGCUGUGUGGAGGGUGUGUUAAAGUGCUACCCCCACGAAACUCUGGAGACAAUCAUCGACCGCAUUGCUAAAGCAGAGGUUCACCGUCUGGUGCUGGUGGAUACGGAAGACGUGGUGAAGGGCAUCGUGUCCCUCUCUGACCUCCUCCAGGCACUGGUUUUGACACCAGCAGGUAUUGAUGCCCUUUUCUCUUAG